UUUUGAUAAAUCUCCCCCUAUGUUUAUUUGGAGAUGAGCGCUGACCAGAGGAAACUGUUUGGGUGGAAAGGAGCAAGCUAGAGCUUCUCAAUUGGCAUCUACUUGGAAGACUCAACCAGGCCAGGAUUCUGUGAAGAUGAGUGGCCCAAUGGUGUCCAGUCUGGUUUCAGAGGACCAACAACAAUGUGAGCCAGGCUUCAGUGAGCAGAGCUAUGCUUUUAGCGUGAAUCGGAAAUUCCUGGAGAGAGGCCGAAUCAUCGGCAAAGUGAGUUUUACAUCAUGUUCCACUAAUAACCGUGUACUCUACUCGCCUGAUGACACCCGCUUCCGGGUGUUUCCUGAUGGUAAAGUGACACUGAAGAGGCAGAUCACCCUCCAUGAUGGAUCUGUCAGUUUUGUGUUGAAUGCAUGGGAUGCCAAAGGACUGCGCCACUCUGUGCCCAUUUUUGUCUGGAAUGAAAGAGAACAACAGAAAGCUCAUGGCAAAAGCAAACAACCCUUACUGAUUUUUCCUGAGAAGCAAAGUGGCCUAAAAAGAAGGAAGAGGGAUUGGGUCAUCCCACCUAUCAAUGUGCCUGAGAAUGGGAGGGGCCCUUUUCCCAAGAGACUUGUACAGAUUAAAUCCAACAAGGGAGGAAAUAUUUUUUACAGCAUUACCGGGCAAGGUGCCGAUAGCCCUCCUGAAGGAGUGUUCAGUGUUGUGAAGGAGACUGGUUGGAUGAUGGUGAAUAAACCUUUGGACCGUGAACAAUAUGCAUCGUAUACUGUACUGUCUCAUGCGGUAUUGUCAAAUGGCCAGCCUGUAGAGGAACCAAUGGAAAUAAUCAUCCAAGUUCUUGAUCAGAAUGAUAACAGACCCAAGUUCACAAAAGAAGUGUUUAGAGGUUUGGUAAGAGAAGGAGUUCCAACAGGGACUCCUGUAAUGACUGUAACUGCAACAGAUGAUGAUGACCCAGAAACUGCAAACGCCAUUCUUGGUUAUUCCAUUCUAAAGCAGGAGCCUGAAGAUCCAGCAGCUGGGCUCUUGGGAAAGGACUGGAUAGGGAGAGAGUACCAGAGUAUGUACUGACUGUACAGGCUGCUGACAUGGAGGGAAAUGGCCUGUCCACCACUGCAAAAGCAGUUAUCCAAAUUAAAGUCACCAAUGAUAAUGCCCCAGUUUUAGAUCCUGCGAAGGAGUCAAUGUCUGGGGGAAGUAACAGCCUUUUGAGCACACAUGUCCUUAAUACAGCGCAGGGGAUUCCUGCAAAAGGUCUAACAAUAACCCUGUCCAAGAUGGAUGCCAGCCAAACAAAAUGGGUACAAGUGAGCAG